CUUCCGUUGUUAAUCGUAUUUGUUACAUAAAAUGUCUGGACGCGGAAAAACCGGAGGCAAAGCGAGAGCCAAGGCCAAGACUCGCUCUUCUCGGGCCGGGCUCCAGUUCCCGGUCGGCCGUGUCCACAGGCUGCUCAGAAAGGGAAACUACGCUGAGCGCGUCGGCGCCGGGGCUCCCGUCUAUCUGGCCGCCGUGCUCGAGUAUCUCACCGCUGAGAUCCUGGAAUUGGCCGGAAACGCCGCUCGCGACAACAAGAAGACCAGAAUCAUCCCCAGACACCUGCAGCUGGCUGUCAGGAACGACGAAGAGCUCAACAAGCUCCUCGGAGGAGUCACCAUCGCUCAGGGAGGCGUCCUGCCCAACAUCCAGGCUGUUCUGUUGCCCAAGAAAACCGAGAAGCCCGUCAAGUCAAAGUAAAACUGCCCGACCUCCGCUACAAACCAACGGCUCUUUUAAGAGCCACCCACGUCCGCUCUAGAGCGCAUUCCUCUCUGACGCCACCUUUUGUAUGUAAUCUUUCAAAGUUAUUAGAUUAGAUAAACUUUAUUGUCACUGCAUAUGUAGGCACAAGGCAACGAAAUGCAGUUAGCAUGUAACCAGAAGUGCAGUAAGCACAGAAUAAAGGUCUAUAGUAUGUACAAUAACUAUACGGGUAAGUAUUAUGGACAUAAUUUACAGAUAUAAAUACUAUAAGCACGAUAUACAGGUGUACUAUGAACAUACUAUUUAGAUGGGCUAUGUAAAAGUGUAUGAACACUAUAGGCAGAACUAUGGACAUAAUUUACAGUAUUGCAAUGGACAGUAAA